AUGCCCAAACUCCCACAGUAUCCCAGAGUCGCCACUCCAUCACGAUUAUGGCGCAUCCUAAACCACGGCGCCUCAGCGCUCAUUGACAAGGAACCCCGACAAGCCCACGCCGAUUUCCUCGCCGCCCAAAACCUCAUAGAAAAAACCUCCACCGAUUUUGGCAAACACUCCAAGACCGCCGUCACAUUCCUCACAUACAGCGGACUCACCAACGCCCGCCUCCAGCUGGCCGUUCAUCCGGACAUCAAUCCAAAGAGGAAAGACGAGCUGAUGAAGAGCCGUGAGGGGAAUCUGUCGAAGGCGCGGAAGUGGCAUGGGCUUGCGAGACAGACGUUGAUGCUGGGUGACUCGAAGCCCGAGGAGAAUCGGGUGGAGAGGAUGAUUGUGAGGGUUGAUCUGGUGGGGAUCCGGGCGAAGGAGUGGGAGGUGAAGAUGUUGGAUGAUAAGGAGAUUGAUGAAGUGGCGAUGAGCAAGCUUGUUGUUGAGGCGGAGGUGCUGAAGGAGGAGUUGGACGGGAUGUUGGCGGAGGGGUGCAAGGUUAAGGAGUUGGUUGAUAGGAUUGAUGAGGUGAUUGCUGAUUUGAAGGCGCUUUUGGGUGGGUUUUGA